AAAAUUGAAGGGUUUACCGUUUUUAUCUUACUUUUGUUACGGAUCGCCACGGUAACGAGACAGUGCGGUCAAAAUGAACACAGCCAUCUGGCUUCUAUGCUGCGCGGCGGCCGUGGCCAGCUGCUCCGGACUCUCAAUCCCAUUGAGACAAAAUCCGGAGACACUGUGCCGUGGUCAAGAGAACUUCUUGAGGAUCGCCUGCAUCGAAAGCUGCUUCCAGUACUAUCAGUGUUAUUCCGGCAACUCCUACCUGAUGCUAUGUCCACCAGGAACUUGGUUCAAUGAACCAGAACAGGUAUGUGACUGGUCACCUGCACCAGGGCACUGCGUCGAACCAGAACCUGAGCCAGAACCAGAACCCGAACCCGAGCCGGAACCUGAGCCAGAACCUGAACCCGAACCUGAACCAGAGCCAGAACCUGAACCCGAGCCAGAGCCAGAACAAGAUCCGGAACAAGAAGUCGCACCCUUCCAGGCUGAAGGCUCCGGCGAAGAAUGGCAAGACGAUGCGGUCAAAAACUACUUGAAAGCUUUCAAAACUGUGAAACAAGAAGAAGUUGUUGUCGAAGAUGGUAUCAUUGAAGGUGAUGAUGAAUUCGAUGGCGAGUAUCUUAAAGCCCAAGAAGAAAACCUUGAUGAACAAGAAGAUUUACUCGAGAAAGCUAAGAAACUGAUGAGGCAAGAAGAAAUCGAGGAGGAAUCAGAAGCUGAGCUAGCCAUGAAACGUCAGGUAGAAGAAAAAUCUAAUGAUGACGACGAAGAACUCAUGAAGCGUCAAGAAGAAGAAGUAUCCGAUGAUGAUGUAGAAGAAGCCAAGAAACGCCAGGAGGAAGAAGUCGAGGAUGAAGUAGAAGAACUUAAAAUGCGUCAAGAAGAAGAAGAAGUUGUGGAUGAAGAAGAAGUUAUGCAGCGUCAAGAAGAAGCUGAAGAUGAAAUAGAAGAGGCCAAAAAACGCCAAGAAGAAGAAUCUGAAGAUGAAGUAGACGAAGUCAAAAAACGUCAAGAAGAAGAAGUUGAGGAUCAAGUAGAAGAAGCCAAAAAGCGUCAGGAAGAAGAAAUUGAUGAUGAAGUAGAAGAAAUCAAGAAACGUCAAGACGAAGAAGCUGCGGAUGAAGUAGAAGAAGUUAAAAAACGCCAAGAAGAAGAAGAAGAGGCAUCCGAAGAUAAUGCAGAAGAAACCAGGAAGCGUCAAGAAGAAGACUCUGAAGAUGAUGUUGAAGAAGCCAAAAAACGUCAGGAAGAAGGAGAAAUUGAUGAUGAUGUAGAAGAGGUCAAGAAACGUCAAGAAGAAGAGGAUGAAGCUGAGGAUGAAAUAGAAGAAGCCAAGAAACGCCAAGAUGAAGAAGAUGAAUCCGACGUUGAUGUAGAAGAAGUUAAGAAACGGCAAGAAGAAGAGUCUGAUGAUGAAGUAGAAGAAGCCAAAAAACGUCAGGAAGAAGGAGAAAUUGAUGAUGAUGUAGAAGAGGUCAAGAAACGUCAAGAAGAAGAGGAUGAAGCUGAGGAUGAAAUAGAAGAAGCCAAGAAACGCCAAGAUGAAGAAGAUGAAUCCGACGUUGAUGUAGAAGAAGUUAAGAAACGGCAAGAAGAAGAGUCUGAUGAUGAAGUAGAAGAAGCCAAAAAACGCCAAGAAGAGGUAGCAAUUGAUGAUGAUGAUGUAGAAGAAGUCAAAAAACGCCAAGAAGAAGAACAAGCUGAAGAUGAAAUAGAAGAAGCCAAGAAACGCCAGGAAGAGCUUGAAGACGCCGAGGAAUCUGUAGAUGAAGUAAAACGUGUGAAACGUCAAGCAGAAUUCGAGGACGACGAUAAUGUAGAGGAAGUCAAGAAACGCCAGGAAGAUGGUGAAGAUAAUGAUGAUGAAGUCAACGAGAACGCUGAAGAAGAAGAAUCUAAGAGGAGUCAAGAAGAAGAAGGUGACAAUGAAAUCGAACAGGAACCUGAAGAAGUAGAUGAUGAUGAAGAAUCUAAGAGAAGCCAGGAAGAAGACGAUUCCGGAAAUGACAAUGACGAUAAUGAUGCCGGUAAUGACAAUGACGACAGUAAUGAAUCAGAAGAUGAUGCAGAUGUAGACUCAGAAGCCGAUUUCAAGCGCAGAGUAAAGAAGUUCUUCAAACACGUGUUCAGAAUUUUAAACUAGAAGAGACUUCGGUAGCAUUGUAAAAUGUUUUCUAGAAGUAACUUUGAAAUUAACUUAGAAAGUAAUUAGUUUUAAUUUAUUUAAGUUGUAAACAUCACUUUGUGCAAUUUUGUAAAUAUUAGCGUGGUUAUUAAAUUAUUUAU